ACGUUCCCUCUGCCCGUCCUCUCGGGUACUCUAUGGUUUUCGUGGCCGACUACUCUAAUUCUAGUUCCGGUCUCUAUGGCGGCCGGCGGAGGCAGGAACGGUUGUAGGUCGACUGAAUUAGCCGCCAAAGGUCCAAUGAGAGUGGAGGACUGAUAAAAUAUUAGCCAAUAGAAACCAGGGAUUGGGGUCAGGUGGGCAGAUUGACAGUACCACUGGCCAGUGAACAACGCCUAGGGCGGGUCGCUCGUAGGGCUUAUCCCGCCUGUCCCGCCAUUCUCGCUAGUUCGAUCGGUAGCGGGAGCGGAGAGCGGACCCCAGAGAGCCCUGAGCAGCCCCACCGCCGCCGCCGGCCUAGUUACCAUCACACCCCGGGAGGAGCCGCAGCUGCCGCAGCCGGCCCCAGUCACCAUCACCGCAACCAUGAGCAGCGAGGCCGAGACCCAGCAGCCGCCCGCCGCCCCCCCCGCCGCCCCCGCCCUCAGCGCCGCCGACACCAAGCCCGGCACUACGGGCAGCGGCGCAGGGAGCGGUGGCCCGGGCGGCCUCACAUCGGCGGCGCCUGCCGGCGGGGACAAGAAGGUCAUCGCAACGAAGGUUUUGGGAACAGUAAAAUGGUUCAAUGUAAGGAACGGAUAUGGUUUCAUCAACAGGAAUGACACCAAGGAAGAUGUAUUUGUACACCAGACUGCCAUAAAGAAGAAUAACCCCAGGAAGUACCUUCGCAGUGUAGGAGAUGGAGAGACUGUGGAGUUUGAUGUUGUUGAAGGAGAAAAGGGUGCGGAGGCAGCAAAUGUUACAGGUCCUGGUGGUGUUCCAGUUCAAGGCAGUAAAUAUGCAGCAGACCGUAACCAUUAUAGACGCUAUCCACGUCGCAGGGGUCCUCCACGCAAUUACCAGCAAAAUUACCAGAACAGUGAGAGUGGGGAAAAGAACGAGGGAUCGGAGAGUGCUCCCGAAGGCCAGGCCCAACAACGCCGGCCCUACCGCAGGCGAAGGUUCCCACCUUACUACAUGCGGAGACCCUAUGGGCGUCGACCACAGUAUUCCAACCCUCCUGUGCAGGGAGAAGUGAUGGAGGGUGCUGACAACCAGGGUGCAGGAGAACAAGGUAGACCAGUGAGGCAGAAUAUGUAUCGGGGAUAUAGACCACGAUUCCGCAGGGGCCCUCCUCGCCAAAGACAGCCUAGAGAGGACGGCAAUGAAGAAGAUAAAGAAAAUCAAGGAGAUGAGACCCAAGGUCAGCAGCCACCUCAACGUCGGUACCGCCGCAACUUCAAUUACCGACGCAGACGCCCAGAAAACCCUAAACCACAAGAUGGCAAAGAGACAAAAGCAGCCGAUCCACCAGCUGAGAAUUCGUCCGCUCCCGAGGCUGAGCAGGGCGGGGCUGAGUAAAUGCCGGCUUACCAUCUCUACCAUCAUCCGGUUUAGUCAUCCAACAAGAAGAAAUAUGAAAUUCCAGCAAUAAGAAAUGAACAAAAGAUUGGAGCUGAAGACCUUAAGUGCUUGCUUUUUGCCCGUUGACCAGAUAAAUAGAACUAUCUGCAUUAUCUAUGCAGCAUGGGGUUUUUAUUAUUUUUACCUAAAGACGUCUCUUUUUGGUAAUAACAAACGUGUUUUUUAAAAAAGCCUGGUUUUUCUCAAUACGCCUUUAAAGGUUUUUAAAUUGUUUCAUAUCUGGUCAAGUUGAGAUUUUUAAGAACUUCAUUUUUAAUUUGUAAUAAAAGUUUACAACUUGAUUUUUUCAAAAAAGUCAACAAACUGCAAGCACCUGUUAAUAAAGGUCUUAAAUAAU